AUAAAUAAUUCUGAAGCCAAUAUAAGAAACGGAAAAAGAAUCGCGGUACGAUCUUGUUGCCCCUUUUCCCUUCAGAUCUGUCUCCUGAAGGCCCCGAAUUCGAGAGUUCUUUGAUUGUUGCUCUUAGAGGGAACUAGAAAUGGGGUUGACCUUCACGAAGCUCUUCGGCAGACUCUUUUCUAAGAAAGAGAUGCGCAUUUUGAUGGUGGGUCUUGAUGCUGCUGGUAAGACCACGAUCCUGUACAAGCUAAAGCUCGGAGAAAUUGUUACCACCAUCCCCACUAUUGGAUUUAAUGUGGAGACUGUAGAGUACAAGAACAUCAGCUUUACCGUCUGGGAUGUUGGUGGUCAAGACAAGAUCCGUCCACUUUGGAGGCACUAUUUCCAGAAUACACAGGGCCUUAUUUUUGUUGUGGAUAGCAACGAUAGGGACCGAGUUGUCGAGGCAAGAGAUGAGUUGCACAGAAUGUUGAAUGAGGAUGAGCUUAGAGAUGCUGUUUUGCUUGUAUUUGCAAACAAGCAAGAUCUUCCUAAUGCCAUGAAUGCUGCAGAAAUAACUGACAAGCUUGGUCUUCACUCUCUUCGUCAGCGCCACUGGUACAUUCAGAGCACAUGCGCGACAUCUGGAGAGGGGCUCUACGAAGGUCUAGACUGGCUUUCCAAUAACAUUGCUAGCAAGGCUUGAAGCGGUCAAUGAUUUGAUGGUCGUUCAAACUCCCACGCCCUUCUUUGUUUAGUUUGUUUGUUUAUCUCAAUGAUCGCCCUCGAGAGUCCUCAUCGUUCUAAGACCAAUAGUUUCGUUUGAUUUAAGAGAUAGUUUUAGUUGGGAAACAUUUGACUGCACUUUAAAUUUCACUCCAAGUUGUUAAUUGCUGCUUUAAGCGUAUACUUCUUGGCUCCUCUCGUUUAAUAUCAAGUCCAAUUUUUUUAUCA